AUGAAAGUAUCAACUGGUUUCGUCGUGGCUGCCUUGGCUGCGUUAAGUGUCAGCAUUAACGCUCAGUCAGCAAGCACAUCCGACCUCGCAUCGGGGUCUUCAGACCCAAGCACGGAGCAAACGCUCGCGGCAUCUUCGGACUUGACCGGCUCAUCGAUCGAAGGCUUGGAUGAAGGCUUGACCACCGAUUCGUCAGCUGAUACUAGCUCUCUCGGGGGCUAUUCCACCGAGGAAUCCACGACACAAUCUUCAGGCGAGACAACCUCCUCUUUACCUACCGAGGACUCUUCGGGUAUGACAGAGACUUCCUCGAGUUCGACAACAGAUUCAUCCGAGGAGACUACCCCGACCGAUUCUUUUGAAGAGACUACCCCGACUGAUUCGUCCGAGGAGACUACCCCGACCGAAUCGUCUGGGGAAAGUCCGACCGAGUCUGGCGAGAGUAGCUCGACCGGUUUAACGGAGCAGUCCACGUCUGAAGGUGGCUUUACAGACGAACAGAAGUCGAUUUGGGUAGAGCGCCACAACUACUUCCGAGUGCAGGCUCUGCCUUGGUCAGCAGGAAACAUGCAGCGAAUGAACUGGGACGAAGACCUCGCAAAGGACGCCGCUGCCGCGACUGCGAGCUGCGCGGCUAAAACUACCACCGGCCUCAACGUCUACGAGUCCACAUCAACUGACCCGUCCACAGCGAUAGAGGACGCGAUCAACGCUUGGGUUGUUGAGCCGGCACUUAAGAAUAUCGGUAACGUUGUCGCACCGGCAAAGGAGGGCGACGCUGUAGGCGCAGGACUCUACAACGCGUACACACAGGUGAUCUGGGCUUCGACGACUGGAGUCGGAUGUGCCAUUUCCAGCUGCUCUGGCGGAUCCAUGGUGGCGUGUGAGUAUUCGCCGGCAGGAAACGACGGCAAGUCGGCGUGGUAUGUACACUAUGCGCAGGCGAAGAGCUGUCCCACCGGUACGACAGCUCAGCUUGGUCUUUGUGUUGUGGAAGGCGACUCGAAGAACGACCUCAUUGCGCCGAUCCCGGACGGUAAAUGGACGUACGAGGUGUACCCGACGUUCGUCGCUGACCUUAUGUCCACGAUCUUGAAGGCGGCUAAGGCGAGAGACACGCCUGGAAACGCGCCGGCGAGUACAAGUGCCCCGGAUGGGUCAGCAAUGUACGAGCCGAGCCCGGAGGAGUCGAGCUCAGACACUGAACAGACCGCCAGCUCGCUCGAGACGGAGACGUCGUCUAGUUCCACGACCGAUGAAACCAGCUCGCUCGAGACGGGGACGUCGUCUAGUUCCACGACCGAUGAUACCAGCUCGUCAACGCAAAGCGGCACCAGUGGUGAGGACUUGCUGACCGAGUCUUCUGGAGAUACAGCCUCGUCCUCGCUUGACGACGCUGCAGCGUCGGCGGAGACCGAUUUGUAUACCAGCGGUUCCUUGGAGGAUACUCCUUUGCAGGUCGAGUCUUGCUCUGGAUCAUCCCCGGGAACGUCCGCAAGCUCUGAAGAGACCGCAUCUUCAGAGCUUGGCGGUGGAUGGGAGGCGUCUUCCACUUCAUCAUCGUCGGAUACCACGUAUACUUCUUCUACAGAAUCUUCGGCGUCUACAGACACCUUCGACGAUACUAGUUUGUCACUGCUUGGAGGCUCUGCAGAGACGCCAUCAUCUGCUGAGAGCUCCGGAUCCUCGCCAGAGUCGCCUACUGAAGAUGAGGAACCGGGCACGGUGAAGCCCAGCUCAGCCACCGGCUCGUCCUUUAGAAACCAGGCAUCGUCACCGUCAUCGGGAUCGGCGACGACCAGCUCGGGCAGCACCCCCAGCACGGACUCAACUAAACAGGAAGACUCGACCAAACAGGAAGACUCUACUAAGCAGGAAACCAGCAAACCAGCGUCCUCAGAUGCGGACCCGACGACUGCAGUCUCGGCCAAGAACGCGUCGGGCGUCGCUACUACGGCCGGUGCUGCGAUCUCCCCUGCAGGUAUCGCCGGUAUCAUCGUACUCGGUGUCGUGGCUGUGGCCGCUUUGGCCGUUUUCGUGAGCUACCGUAAGAACCAGCAGCGACAGCAGGACAUGAUGCGCAACGGCGGUAUCCAAGUCAUUUAA